UUGCUGACUCUGACACUCUGGACUAACAAGUAGUGAUUCGUAGUGCCUGAGCAGAGGAAUUGAACGAAUUAGACGAGUUAGACUGAUUAAACUGUUGGAUUCAUGAUGACUUGGUUGUCUUUUGGAUUAUUGGUGAUGCUAGGGAUUGCUAUCACCGAGGCUAGAUCAUUGGCGAAGGCACCUGUCUCCAUUGUGCUGGGUCCCAAUGCUCGGGAAAUGCUGAUGAUGCGGUCGAAGAGACACCCAGUGCCCUAUCCCCAAAGAGCACUCAUGAUUUCUGGAUAUUAUCGACCAACACGAUCUGAUCCUCUCACUGGUGUCUUCGCUCAAGGUAAUGCUGUCAGUGGUAGGUCUUCUCUAGGAGGAACUCAUCCAAAUUAUCUACAAUCUGGUCCAGAACCUGCGGACGAUGUGACUAGUGCAGCGGCAGAGGCUGCACCAGAUGGUGGAGAUGGUAAUGAGGAAAAUUAUUCAGAUGAUCGAACUGACGAGCAGCCACAGGAUGACAUUCAACCGUAUGGCACCGACGCUCCAGGAUCAGACAAAUCAAUCACUGGAGAAAAUAAUCCAGCAAAGCGUCCAGUGAAGGCUAAUAAAGCCACGAAAAAAAACAAGAAGACAACUGCAGAUGAGAGUGAGGAAGAAGUUGAGGAGGAGAGCGACGAGGAAGAGUUGUAUGAUAAGAAAAGGGGGCGACUACCGAAUUUCAACAAUUUUUUUCCUAUGGUCUUCAGAUUUCCAAACUCCUAUGGCCACAGGGGAUCAGAAUCUGAGGGAUCACCCCCUGGGAUGAUAACGGCUAUUGCCAAUAGUUAUUCCACAGGAAAGGGUGGAAUUGCUAGCUCCAUCGCAACAGCUUAUGGAGGAACUCCCAAUGGGAAGAAGAAACGUGUCAAGACCACGGAGGAAUAAUAUCCAAAACUCUUCGAUGUGAGGAAAAUUCCAUCAAUGGAAUAAUUAUUAAUCGACAGAUUAGGUUUUCUCGAUGUAAAUGUUGGGUUCUUAGAAUGUAAUAAUCCCUUUCAAUUUGAAUAAUUGUGAAUGAAUUAUUUCAAAUUUA